UCUCGUCAGGUCGUUGGCGUUGCUCUGCCGAGGCAGGCAGAUGAUCCGCCGCCACGGCGGAGGCGAUCUCCGGCUUGCCCCGGUGUUGGACUCGCGGCGAUCGUUCGCAACCUCCGGCCGGCGGCGUGGAGCAAAUGAGGACUUUGUGACACGGUUCAGAGAAACCAGGGGCUCCAGCAGUAGCAGCAUUAUCAGCACAGGUGACGCAGCACGACCAGCAUCUCUGGGACGACCUCAGCAGGGUGGAGAUCGAGCUCCACUGCCGUUCUUUACCUGGGCAAGAUUGGCGAUUGGUUCAGUUGUUGCUGCCACGGCGCCGUUCGUGCACUCGAAAUGGGCUUCGUUUCUGCGAAUCCAAAGUGAGGUGGAAAUGGUGAAGGACAUGGCGGAGACGGCAGCGGAGGUGCUCGAGGAUGUGGCAGUCGCAGCGGAGAAAGUGUCGGCGGAGGUGUCCGGGCAGCUGCCAGAGAACGGAAGGCUGAGGCAUGCGGCGGUGCUCGUUGAGCACGCGUCCAAGGAAGUGGCCGAGGAGGCUCGUCUUGCUCAAGACAUCAUCCACAAGGUGGAUGAAAUCGAAGAGGAUGUGAAGGCAAUGAUAGAACCGAUUGUUGACCAUGCCAAGCGUGAGCGGAAGUAAAUGCGGUACCUUGGAAGUACAGAUUCAUUCAACAAUGCGUGCUGGUAACAGAUUAUUUACGAGUCCAUGGGCGUGUAAAUUCUUCAUUAAUUCAUGUUUGAAGCUACAACCAAAUUUCAUCUAAACCUGUAAUAAUUUUC